AUGGAGGGGCUCAGCGUGGGCAGUGUCCUGCUGACCGGCUGCGACGGGGGGCUGGGCCUGGGGCUGCUGAAGGGGCUGCUGGAGCAGCCCAGCCCACCCCGGCACAUCUUCGCUGCUUGCCUGGACCCCCAGGGCAAGGCUGUUAACGAGGUGGCUUUGGGCUUUCCCAACGUCGUGAUCCUGCCUUUAGAUGUGACAGACCCCAACAGCAUCAAGGCAGCAGUCAGGAAGGUGCGGGCAGAGGUGGGAAGCGCUGGCCUCAACCUCCUGAUCAACAACACGGGCACCACGCGCCGCAGCACCUUGGCCACCGAGACAGCAGAGAACAUGAGCCUCGUCUACACCACCAACACCAUCGGGCCCCUGCAGACAAGCCAGGCCUUCCUGCCCCUGCUGAAGGAGGCGGCUGAGGCCGAAGGGCAGCGUGAGAUGAGCUGCAGCAGAGCUGCCAUCAUCAACAUCUCCAGCAUCCUGGGCUCCAUCGAGGUUGCAGAGGCUUGGGAGGAGAGGCAGGACAUCUGUUACCGCUGCAGCAAGGCUGCUCUGAACAUGCUCACCAAGUGCCUGGCCCUGGAGUACGGGAGCAGAGGGAUCCUCUGCGUGUCUGUGGAUCCUGGACAUGUGACACCUCCCUUGGAACAGGGGAUGGGCCCGGUGACGCUGGAGGAGAGCGUGCGGGGCGUCCUGCAGCUGCUGGCCCAGCUCUCAGCCACCAGCAAUGGCACCUUCUGGGACUGGAGAGGGCAGAGGCUGCCCUGGUGA